GCAGAUAUCAAUCAGUUCUUCACGCCAAACAGCCAGGACACUCCGUCACUGCCUAAACCAGUCCAAACUCAGCCAACGAGUAGCCAAGUACAAGUCGCACCAGCCAGCCAACGAGAAGAGACCGCCGUCUCCGAGAACAACACUGUUGACGUAGCCCAAGGAUCACCUCAAGAGGAAACUCCCAACAAGACACUCACCCCGAGCAAGCAGAACCCAGGAUCCACAGAAUCUGCUGAUAAGAAGUCUGCCCCCACUCCAUUACGCCUUCAUACCACCCCAAAGAAGCGUAACCUCGCAUCCAAGCUACUAGAAGCUCUUCAUAUCUCUCCGAGAAAACCCGCUCCUGUACGACAGGAAGAUACUCCCAGUGUUCUCACACACACAGAGCUCAUCAACAGGUCAAUAGCCCGUUCCAACGCCUCUCUCAAAGCAUCUGCCACCCAAACCCCAUCCACUACGGUAUCCGACGCCCCGACCCCAUCUUUGCCCCCACCGGAAACCGCCCAACCUCAAACGACCGCGGAUCGUACCUCAUCUACAUCUCCUCCCUUAGCUAAUCCGCAACCUACUGCCACUUCUACCCGUACCAGCCCAGUUGACGCAACUGUAGAAUCCAGCAACCCUUCCAUUGUUGCUUUAUCAUCGGAUUCCUCCCCCGCAUCCUCAUCAGACCAAACCUACGUCCCUUCAACGU